AUGUCCGACACGUUGCAAGCUCUCCAGCGGACGGAGUAUGCGGGCGUGCUGCCGUAUCUCCAACCCGCGCAGGCCGUGCAGGUCCUGCAGGAGCGCAUCCGUCGCAUCAGCAAGGUCAACACUGAGAUUGCCGAUUUCCUCGCGGAGCGGCGACGGGUCGAGGAGCAAUAUGUUGCGGGCCUCAAGAAGCUCGUCGGCUUUAAAGUGCCUGCGAGCAGUGCCGAGCUUGGCGUCUUCCAGCCGUCCUGGGAUAGCCUCCUCCGAACCAUUGAAUCCACCGCCAACUCGCACCAACAGCUCAGCAGGAACAUUGGCAAUAACGUUGAGUCCCCGCUGCGCAACUUCCAGGCCAAAGACGAGGUCACCCACCUGUCCACCAUGGCUACCAACCUCCAUAGCAUGGCCAAGGAGCUCGACGACGCGCAGAACCAAGUCGAGAAGCUCACCAAGAAGGGCGGCAAGGCCAACGUAGGCAAGGUCGACGCUGCGACCCAGCGCCUGGACGGCGCCAACCAGCAGUGGGAGAACCAGGCGCCCUUUAUCUUUGAGAGCCUCCAGGCCCUCGACGAGUCCCGCGUCAACCAUCUGCGCGACCUGUUGACCCAGUUGGGCACACACGAGGUCGAUUUGGCGACCACGACGCAGUCCAGCAACGAGAGCCUGCUGGGCCUCAUCCUGGACAUCAAGACCGACGACGAGAUUACCAACUUUUCCCAGCGCGUCAUCGACGGCCGUCCCCGCGUCGGCCGCUUUGCCGGCAUGCAGACCCGCCAGUCGAGCAUUGCCGCCUCUGCCUCGGGGUCUGCAGCGCAGCCGCAACAGCAACAACAACAGCAACAGCAGGGCGACUUGCUGGGUGCCAGUGCACAGCAGGAGACCCCGGCCACGCCAGCUCACGACACGCUGCAGGCAACGCGCCCGGAGACACCACCUACCACCGCCGGCGGCGCAUCCGCCGUCUCCGGUACAUCCGCAGUAUCCUCCCCCGUCGCACCCCGGCCGUCCACGACUGCACGCAGCACGGCUGGCUCAACGUCCACGGGCGCAGGAGCCGCAGCGGCUGGGAGCGUACCACCGCCAGCACCACCCUCGCGUGAGGCCACUGGGUUCCGAGACCUCCCGCCACCUCCACCCGCCGAAAAGGAAAAGGAAAAGCCAGAAAAGCCAGAGAAGAACCUGCGCAGCCGCAUCGGCACCAUGCUGGGCCGCCGUCGCCAGAGCAUCCACGGCGGCUUUGGGCAGCUGAUAGGCUCCAAGAACUCGGGCCCCUUCAACCGUAUUAGUGUCAGCAGCCACGGCCAGUCCAUUUCACCCCGCGCUUCCUACAACAACCUGUCCGAAGCACACGCCACCAGCCGUCUCGGAUCCGUGGCUGAGGCAUCCGACCGGCCGACCGCCUCCAGAGACGGCGCUGCCCACACGAACGGCACCGGCUUGAGUGGGGUGGGCGUCGCCGACAGCAGCACCCUGAACACCAUGACGGUCAACGAUAUAUUCGGCGUGCCGCCACCGCCUGGCCCGCCGCCGUCGCAGCAGAGGACGACGGGCAACGAGCCCGCGCGAGACGCCGAGGGCUACUCGCUGCCUUUGGCUACCAACGACCCGAUUUCGCAGGCUCAGCGCGACGCGGCGGCCGCCGGCGCCGGUACCGGUGAGCCGCUCGGCGAUGGCACUGGCGAGGACCGGGCGUUCCAGGUGAACAUCCAGAAGGAGCCUGUGCAGGAAGAGGACCCGCUGGCGAAGAGGGCGGCGCUGUCCAACAUGGCGAGCACGCUUUCGCAGGCCAUGCCGAGCCGUAGGGGUGGCACCGUGCGCGGCCGUCGCGAUGUGCGAAAUACCAUUUACGUGCCACAGACGUCCGUCCCAGAGUCCUUGGCCGGCGCAUCCCCGUCGGCCGGCGGCAGUACGCCGUCCUCGUUGCCCAAUCCCCCCGGUGUGUCGCGCAGCUCGACCUUUGCCUCCCUGGGCUCCACGGCCACGCCAACCAGGCCACCCGCUGUGUCCGCGCUCGCAUCCGAGUCGAGCCUCGGUGGCGGCACCGGCUCGUCGGACACGCAGUCUGUCCGCUCCACCACGUCGCUCAGUGCCAUGGCCAACCUCAAGCACGUCGACUCGGACGGCCCCGGCCUGCACGCGUCCAUCAUCGAGUCUGUGUCCGCCAGCUUCGAGAACGGCGAGGUUGCGUCGGCUAAGAUCGCCGGUGAGAUUGCCUUCUCGUACACGGCGCCGCCUGCCAGCCCCUCGACGCCGCCCACCGCCACCACGACGAUCCGCAUCAACAACUUCCCGCUGCUCGAGUCGAUUGGACCGAACCGCAUCUUUGUGCAGAAUACAUCGAGCCCCGACCAGUUCACCCUCGACACGAGCCACCUGCAGAGCAAGGCCGCUGCCGCCUUUACGUUCCGCGCCCACGCCGAAAACCCCCAGUCGCUGGCCGCCCACUGCCCGCUGGCCAUCAAGCCCGUGUGGAAGCCCAUGGACGAUCAGCUCCGACUGAUGUUCCAGUACCGCCUCAACCCCAACUCCCGUCUGGCCCCCUCCGGCCAGCCUGUCGUGCUGCGCAACGUCGUCUUUUUCGCUACGUACGAGGGCCGCGCCAGCACCAUUGCGUCCAAGCCAUCCGGCACCCACGUGAAAGACCGGCAUCUGGUGUACUGGCGCCUGCCGUCCGUGACCCUGACGGCCGCCUGGUCCAAGAUUGCCUGCGCCAUCCGCGUCGAGGCCGGUGGCGCCGUGCCGCAGCCGGGCAAUGUGGAAGCGCGGUGGGAGUAUGCUGUGCCAGCGGCUGCGACGGACGCCGACGCCGACGAGAGCAGCAUCACCAUCAGCCAGCUGCAGCCUGCGACCACCAGCGCGCUCGAGGAAGAGGACGAGGAGCAGGAUCCCUUUGCGGACGACUCGUUGCCGUCGCCCAAGACGACGAAUGGUGCGGGUGCGGGCACGGGCGCGCCGCUGUGGACCGAUGUGCCCUUGGCACGACAGAUUGUCAGCGGCAGCAAGUACGAGGGCAAGUAA